AUGAACCUAGAUAGACCAAAGGACCUAGAUCAGGCCUUGACAAAUUUUUCAAAAGACAUUUGUCGUUUUGGAUCUCACUUAACUAGGGAGUAUAACUUCUCAUCGUUGGGCACCUACAGAUAUGUAGAAAAGUGGAUGGAUAUUGAAAAAACGAUUAAAAUGCUAGAAGUCGAUUCCCACGAAAGUUAUCGUGCUCAAGUGGAUAAGGUUCUAGGCUUCGAGUUGCUUGGUAUCCUUAUUUGGCUAAAAGGUUGCUCAUGGAUCGCUCGAUAUCUUGUCUCAAUUUCUACGUGCUCGAUCGCUUCUCUCAAUUUCUACGACCUCAUAGCCGUCGGGCACACCUCACCCAUCAGAAGAUCCAUUCUUGUAAUCAAUUUUGGACUUCAGGAAUCGACUUUGGACUUCAGGGUUUAUAAGAGAAGCAAGCAGGUUAGUGGUCGUAAUGGACCACUAUUCACAAUAAAAUUAUGGGCCCUAUUCGCAAAUAAACCGUUAACAACCAGCCCGCCAUACGCAACUAUCCCCCAUCGAUCCUUGCUUCUCUUUGCAGGUGUCGGUCACGACGAGGAAGAGGAGGCAGGAAUCCUAAGUCCUCGACGCAAAGAACACGACUCCCUUGAUUUUGACUUUUGUUUGAUUUCUCGUUUCUCACGAACGCAUAAGUGGUAA